GAGAGCUUGUUCGGAAAUGGCCAGUUUAGCCAACAAAGACUCUUAUUUACAGCGACUGGCGAGGAAAAUUUGCACCCAGGAAAUUCAGGAACCACGAAAAAGGAAAUCCGGAACUGGGUCAGGGCCGGAAGAUGCUCAGCCGAAGAAGAAGAAAAGAAAGAAGCUGCAGAAGCAUGCCCAAGGUGUGCAAGGUGCCCUUCCAGGCAAGCCAGCACUGCCUGAUGCCUGCAAAAUAGGGGCUAAGUCAACAGCAGCAGUGGCUAAGAACCCAGGUCUUGGGGUCCAAGCUGCAUCCAGUGCCUGCGGAUUGGCUGCUGCUGGAGAGAAAGGGAACGAUGGCCAGAAUGGCGCCACAGGUGGCAAGAGCGGGCCCAAUUCUUUUUCCACCAUGACUCUCUUGCGUCAGAUGCUGCAUGAGAAAAUACAAGAAGUCUCCGGUCAGGGAAGGUCCAAAGAGCUGUCUCCAGCAGCAUUGAAGAAGCAGCAGCGAAGGAAAUAUGAGAAGGAAAGGAAGAAACGUCGAAGAAAAGAAUUAAGAAUGAAGGAGAAAACUGAGAAGAAGGAAGCAGGAGAGGUGUCAACAGGAGCCAUUUUGGAGCUCCCAGCCCCUAAGACUGAUGGCAAGUUCGAGAUAGUCUUCAACAAGGUUGACGUGCAUGAAGAGCAGCUGAGCAAAGCGGAGAAGAGGAAAGAGAAGAGGCAGGCUUUGAAAGGCAACCUCACCCCGCUGACAGGGAAGAAUUACAAACAGCUAUUGAGUCGGCUGGAGAUGCGGAAGAGCAAGUUGGAAGACCUGAAACACAAGGAUGAGAAGAAAGCCCAGGAGCUGGAGACCAAGAUGAGGUGGACCAACGUUCUCUACAAGGCAGAAGGCAUCAAGAUUCGGGACAACGAGGACCGGCUGAAGAUGGCCCUCAAGCGGAAAGAACAGCGCAAAACCCAAUGCCAGAAGCAGUGGGAGAAGCGGACUGAGCAAGUGGUGGAGAAGAUGCAGGAGCGCCAGGACAAGCGCCGCAAGAACCUCCAGAAGAAGAAGCUAGCCAAGAUAGAGCGGAAGAAGAGCAAGGCCCGCAAAAAGGGCCGUGUCUUGCCUGAGGACCUCAGAUGAGCCAAACUU